UCAACCCUGUAACCGUCUGUAUUUUACACCAUUUGAACAUUUCUCCGUUCCCAUUCGAGUUUUCUUUUGAUUUAUGAAACAUUGAAUGGCGAAGAAGAACGGUUCGUCGUCGUGGUUCUCCGCCGUGAAAAAGGCCUUCCGGUCACCCUCGAGGGAUUCGGACAAGAAGAGAAACCAGUCACGAGAAGAACAGGACGAGCACGACCACCAACAAGAAGAUUCUAAGAAGAGGGAAAAAAGAGGAUGGUUGUUUCGGAAGGCAAAACCCGAAGCCGCUAGUGUUCCUGAUACUGUCGUCGUCGGGACGAGCCCAAAGACAAUCGUGGAAGACAAAACAGCGGUUGCGGUCACAGCCGCUGAUUCUGCGGCCGCGGAGAUAGUAAAGCUAUCCACCGCUACUCCAGGUUUCAUUAGACGUCACUGGGCUGCGAUCAUUAUUCAAACAGCUUUCAGAGGCUACCUUGCGAGGAGAGCGUUACGGGCGUUAAAAGGGAUAGUGCAGCUGCAAGCGUUAGUGAGAGGUCACAACGUGAGAAGACAGGCAAAAAUGACAUUAAAGUGCAUUCAAGCUCUGGUCAGAGUCCAGGAUCGAGUGCUUAACCAUCAACGUUCAAGGGUUUCUUCGUCGAACGAAUCCAGAAGAAACUCCAUGUUCGCCGAAUCUACCGUCUUCUUAGACUCCAAACAUCUCCAAGAGCUUCGGAACCGUCGAUCUCUGUCGAGGGAUAUGAGCUGCAGUACUGCAAGUGAAUGGGACGAUCGAAUCCUUACCAAUCAAGAAACUGAAUCGAUAUUGCAGAAGAAGCUUGAAGCUGCUUUGAAACGAGAAAAAGCCCUUGCUUAUGCCUUCUCUAAUCAGAUACGGAGACGGUCUGGCCGGAAUCCGUCGGCCGGCGACGAGACGGAGCUUCUGGAGAGCACCAAGUGGCUCGACCGGUGGAUGGCAACGAAGCAAUGGGACGACACCAUGAGCAGCAGAGCUUCAAUCGAUCAUCACCACAAGGUCCGACCGUCUCCGGCGCCUCCGCCGUCGUGCAGGGUCAGGCCUACGGCGGUGAGGUCGGCUAGCCCGCGAGUACCGUACCGACCCAGUUCGCCGUUGCCGUCGCCGGUGGUGCGGCCGAACUACAUGACGGCGACGGAGUCGGCGAAGGCGAGGGCUCGUCCUCAGAGCACGCCGCGGCGGAGGGUCGGCGGCGAUUGUUCGUCGGUGAAGAAGCGGCUGAGCUAUGCGGAGGACGAGGACAAAGGGUACGACAGGUUGAGGAGUCCGAGCUUUAAGAGUGCCUACAAUGGCUGCUUCUGGGGAGAUCAUGAAUCGGAUUACUCCUGUUGUUAUGCUGAUGGGUUCGCCGGAGAGAUCUCGCCGUGUUCCACGACCGAUCUCCGAUGGCUAAAGUGAGAGACUUUUGGAGAUUAUAUAGAUUCAAUUUCUUUGUCGCUUUCCUCGUCCGAUGUUGUCUUCAUGGAUUAGCAAAUUAGCAUCGCAGAACAGAUCCAAAAGGGUUUUCUCUGUUUAGGAGUGUAAAAAUUUUCAGAAUUUCAACAUUUUGUA